CACACCUGUGGGUCCCGCCUCCCCACAGAAUAAAGCUCUACGGUUAUUGGCUCUCCUUGCUGUCCUUCCAGAGGAAUCCCGUAGUCCUGGCAGGCUAUUGGUCGACGACGUGCCAAUCAUGUCUCAUACCGCAACGUGAUUGGCUCGCCCUGCCUCGUGCUCGACAGAGUCCACGGAACGCCAGCCAUUCUGUGUGAUGUCCUCGUAGUGAUUAAUACAGCGGUCUUCAGCCCGCGCCAUGUCCCCGUCGAACCGCAGGCUGCCUCUCCCGGUGCUGUCAUGGUUACUGUAAUGGACAUCUCCACUAACGUUUCCCUCCUCCGGUAACUCCUGUUUCACGUGCUCGAGCCUCCGCCGUGGCUCGCGAGCAGCUGUGCGGUGCGUCGCGGCGGCGCCUCCGCGGUUGAACGGCGGCAGGAGGAUGGCUCUGCGCUGGACUGUGUCUCCGUGCUCCUCCGCGGGGCUCCGUUGAGGUUUCUUUUUCAAAUUAGCUGCUAGCUUGACGCUAACGACAGACAACGGGUGUGGGAGCGAGGACGACGCGCAGCGCUCAGACUAUGGGACCGGAGGUUUGAAGAGCUCUGAUCAUAUUGGCUCCACGGCCAGCCAGGUGGCCAAUCACGUGACAGUAAGGUUCUCUGAGGAGGGAGACCAACAGUGAGACCCUCUAACUACACCCGCUUCUGCUUCACCUGUCCCACUCCAUCAUCACUGCCAUGUCCUUACCUAGUGGCAGCCCAGAACGAGAAGACUCUGUUGGGGCUCUCCCUCAGCUAGAGUGCCCUUCUUCCCCUCCCGGUAUGGACCAAGACCCCUCAUCCACAGGCAGCCCAGUGCUCAGCCCAGACUCAUCUUCUCACGAUGCAGCACUGUCAGCACCAGCUGCCUCUCCAGCGGACUCUGAGAACCUGAGUCCCGAUGAACUGGAGCUGCUGGCCAAACUGGAGGAACAGAACAGGUUACUGGAGGCCGAUUCCAAGUCCAUGCGGUCGAUGAGUGGUUCCCGGCGCAACAGUGGGUCCUCACUAGUUUCCAGCUCCUCAGCCUCCUCCAACCUGUCACACCUGGAGGAGGAUACCUGGAUCCUGUGGGGUCGCAUCGUCAACGAGUGGGAGGAGUGGAGACGCAAGAAGGACAAACUACUGAAGGAGUUGAUCAGGAAGGGCAUCCCUCAUCAUUUCCGGGCCAUCGUCUGGCAGCUGUUAGGCAACGCCACUGACAUGCCGGUGAAGAACCAGUACUCUGAACUGCUAAAAAUGUCCUCCCCCUGCGAGAAGCUCAUUCGCAGGGACAUCGCCCGCACCUACCCCGAGCACGAGUUCUUCAAAGGCCAGGACAGCCUGGGGCAGGAAGUCCUCUUCAAUGUCAUGAAGGCAUAUUCUCUGGUGGAUCGAGAGGUGGGCUACUGCCAAGGCAGUGCAUUCAUCGUAGGCUUGCUCCUUAUGCAGAUGCCUGAGGAGGAGGCCUUUUGUGUGUUUGUACGUCUGAUGCAAGAGUACCGUCUGAGGGAACUGUUCAAACCCAGCAUGGCUGAGCUCGGCCUCUGCAUCUACCAGUUUGAAUAUCUGCUGCAGGAGCAACUUCCAGAGCUGAACGUCCAUUUCCGGUCCCAGAGUUUCCACACAUCUAUGUAUGCCUCGUCCUGGUUCCUCACCCUUUUCCUCACCUUCCUCCCUCUGCCUGUCGCCACUCGCAUCUUUGAUAUUUUCAUGUAUGAAGGUCUAGAGAUUAUCUUCCGCGUGGGCCUGGCCAUCCUGCAGUACAACCAGACUGACCUCAUUCAGCUGGACAUGGAGGGCAUGUCGCAGCAUUUCCAGAAGGUGAUCCCCCACCAGUUUGACAGCUGCCCCGACAAACUGAUCCUCAGGGCCUACCAGGUCAAAUACAACCCCAAGAGGAUGAAGAAACUUGAGAAAGAAUACACCACCAUCAAGAACAAAGAGAUGGAGGAGCAGAUUGAGAUCAAGAGAUUACGCACAGAAAACCGGCUUCUGAAGCAGAGGAUUGAGACACUGGAAAAGGAGAGCGCUGCUCUGGCAGACAGACUGAUUCAGGGUCAGGUGACAAGGGCACAGGAAGCAGAGGAGAACUACGUAAUCAAGCGUGAGCUGGCAGUGGUGAGGCAGCAGUGCAACACAGCCAACGAGAGCCUGGAGAAAGCACAGGACACCAUCAGAGAGCUGCAGCAACAGAAGUACACAGAGCAGUUCGUGAGCAGUUUGCAAACCCAGCUGGAGCACUCUAAACUGCGAGAGGCCGAACUGCUUGGAGCGCUGAAGGAAAUGCAAGACAAGGUGCUCGACCUGGAGAAGAGGAGCAGUUGCCUGCCAGAUGAGAACAAUGUGGCAGCUCUACAGGAGGAAGUGAAGCAGAUGAAGCUGAGGGAGCUGGAGACGCUGAGCUCCUUCAAAGAGAUGCAGGACACUGUCACUGAGCUCAACCAGCGCUGGCAGCAUCACAUGUCCCGUGGCAGCAGCACAGGUGGCGGCCACUGGAAGGAAUCUCCAAAGAAGAACGCCAUGAAUGAACUGCAGGACAAACUGAUGACGGUCAGACUGAGGGAGGCACAGGCCCAGGCUGAGCUCCGAGAGGUCAAACUAAAAUCCCUGCAGCAGGAGAGCCAGAACCAAAUCAACAGCAAGCUGAUUGGUCGGAAUGAGCAGGAACGCUCUGCACUGCAGGACCGGCUCCAGAUGUUGGCCAAUCAGAACAAAGCUCUCCAGGCCCAACUCAACGAGAUGAAAAGGAAGCAGGCCGAGUUUGACUGCAAGAGUAAAGAGGAGGUGAUGGCGGUGCGGCUGAGGGAAGCAGACACUAUGGCUGCCAUGGCUGAACUUCGGCAGAAGAUCGCUGAACUUGAGAUACAGAAGGAGGAAGGGCUGAUCCAGGGCCAGCUGAACCAUUCAGACUCUAGACAGUACAUCACCCAGCUCCGGGACCAGAUUUCUGAGCUCAAAAACGAGAUCAGACAAUUGCGAGGACAAAGGUUGGCUCCCGGCACCGGCAUCAGCAGCGGAGGCCUUGGUACCAACUACCAGGAUCUCUGCCUGGCCAGCCCCGCCUCUGCUGAGGGGGACUACCUGAGCUCAGACGACGACCUUCUCCCCAGCCCGCUGCCUCCCAACGCGCUCUACCCCGCCCUGUCUGGUCCGUGUCACCCCUCGGCCCGCCUCGACAGCGAGGGCAGCACGGACAGCGAAGCGGAGGAGCGCAUGCGGACACACCCGGACCCACAGCAGCUGUACGGCAGCAUGGUGUGCGCGGAGGGACUGGAUAAUUGAACAUAUGGAGGGGGUGCGAAGAUUCCUCUUGGAUUUCUUUGACCUUAAGAGACGCUGGGGCUCUACAGGACAGGACCACCUCUGUAAACCAGGACUGUUCUAUCCAAUCCAGUCCUCCUCCGCAGCUUCUCCGGUGUUUAUCUUUUACUUUAUGCAGACACGAUGGCAUUGAUCAGACCUCGGUUGGUCGUCACUACCUUUAGUCUCCGUUCCUGUGACUGCCUCCUCCACCCUGUUCCCCCCACUGAACGGUACCCUGACGAACGAGGUCAUAUAAAGCCUCUCUCCUUGUUCCCACGUGUAACUGUUUGCCUGCCAUAUCCAUCCAAACACAAAUGUACACAAAAAAAACGGAGUCUGGACUAAUAAGACUGAUGCUGCUCGCUGCUUAAGAAUAACACAGGGACCUGAUCCUGUGACCAUGACGAGGAAUGAAUCAUGGGUAAACAGAUAGAACUCAUCCCUUUCCCUGUGAACUGAAUAACAGACACUGUAUCCUCUGUCUACCCUUAUAUAACUCUCUGUCCUGAUUGGUUCAGUAUUACAUACAUCCUAAUUGUUUCUUUCUCCAUUUGUAUGGCUUUUUUUAGAAAGAAACAUCCAUAUUCACUGCCUCCAUUAAAAAAAACCCAUCUGCCAUGGAUUCACAAAAGAAAAUUUAAAAUGGCGACGAGCAUGAGAAGGGAAGGUACAGUGUCUGAACAUGUACAUGUCAAACUGUGGGGUUAGCACAAGGCGGCAUGUGAUCCAUGAACACUUUGACAUGCUACAUAUGUGUUGUCUGUGUCUGUGGCAACAAGAAGGCAAGCGAGUCCAUACAAAAGCUCAUAUUCACCAUAACUCACAAAAACAGGAAGGAAGAUACCCAAUGUUGCCAAAUCUUUUGUUUUUAGAUUAUUUAUGUUGUAAUUUAUUUUGAUAUUUUUUUAUAUAUCUAAAUGAAACUAUAGGAGCGUAGAGAAACCUACAGAGGCCAAACUUUCUACAGCCUCCCUUGUGCCAACCACUACAGGUCUACUGUGACACUGAGUGUUUCAGAGAUGGAAAAAGUGCUGCUAUUAUUUUACAUUUAGCUUCUUCCAUUUUGUUUAUUGUUUUCUUUUUAUUAUUUCAUCCUAAUCCUUGUGAGCAGUCUAACAUGAUUCCUCACUGGAGCUUUUCAGUAUUUAUCAAUCAAAACCAAUAUUUGUCAUUGCAUCUGUGUGAGCUGAAGUUGAACAUUUCAGCAACUAAGUUUAUUCGCUGUCUGUCUGAGAGUCUGAGAGAUAAAAGAGCUGCAGGGAUAGAUGAUUAUUUCUAUAACUUGCACACAGUACAGUCCAGCACAUCACCACCACUACCACAGCCUUCGUUACACCCCAACUUGUUUGAAAACUAAUACUGUAUUUGCCCACAUCAUUCAAGAGUGAGGCAGCUUGUAAAAGCCCUUAGAGAACUGAAUGGAGCAAGGUGCUUUCUAGUUGAUUUUUAAAAUCAUUCUCUUCGAAAAGUAUUUUUUUUAUUUUACUUUUUGAACUGCUGUUUACUAAAUUACUAAUUUAGUGGCCAUCUUAAGCAUUUAUGCUAAGCUAAGCUCAACUAACCAUCUCCCAGCUGUGGCUUCAUAUUGAAUGGAUUUUGUUUUUAUUAGGGCUAUGUUUAAGAAAAACAUUCUGAGAAUUUCAAGAGUAAAGUCAGAAUAUAAUAAGAAGAGACAAAAGUUGUAUUAUUACAAAAAAACAUAUUUAAUGAGGAUCAAAAGAUGAAGUGUUUGGUUUUAUUGGAACCUAUACAAAAGUAU